ACUAUUCGUCUAACAUAAUUAAUAUUCCUGACACGCAAAAAUUAAUUACAAGAAAAUAUCUAGCUAAUUAACUCUGCAAGCUGUACACGUGAUGUCAUUUUUCAAUUGCGUGUCAAGAUAUAAUAUUGCGUUGAAUCAAUUUUUAUCCUACAAAACUGCUUUUACAAAAUAUAUUCGGAUCGAAAAGUUUCUUAUGUUGUAGAAAAAGAGAAAAGAGAGAGCGAAAGAGAAAAAAGAAAAUUCUGAGAACUCCGUACGCUGCAUCCGUCACUGUUCAGCCGAUCACGUGGUCAGCGUGGGCUACUUGGCCGACUAACUCCCUAGUCCACCACUAGUACCCAUGAAUAGAUCAGCUGAUUCGUUUUCUCGGUGGCUCGUGUUGUGGUCCAUUGGUCACCGACACUCUUAUGAAUGGCGUCAUGGAGCGACACGCCAGGAGCGAUCCUCGCUGUGUGCUGUCGAUGUCUCCUUAGAGAAAACACGUCUCGUUCGAGCGUCGACGAAGAGUGGGCCGGAGGAUCCCUAGAGGAUUACGAUCUCGCGGAGUUUGCGAACGUGGGACUGCGUAGAAAUAGACACGACGGGAAAGGGCUGCCGCGCAUACAUGGGAUAGAUCUGAGCCGUGCGGUCUAUUUUCGUGAGAGGGACUGCGCGCCUGUCCUUCCUGGACGGACCGUGAUCCGGACCCCAUCGUGAUCCUCCACCCCACGACUAGGAUUUCGUCGGUGAAUCGGUCAAAAUGACGGAGGCACUACCUCAGGAGGUGACAAAAUCCAGUUUCCGUCGGAAAGUGUGGGACUACAUGACGAAGAACGAGCUGGUAAACUUCCCCGUGAACAUAUACAAACGUAUCCCGAAUUUCAAAGGUGCCGCGGAAGCGGCGCAGCGAUUGGUGGAACUGGAUGAGUUCAAGAAGGCCAGAGCCAUAAAAAUCAAUCCGGAUAAGCCGCAGGAGCCCGUACGAUUUCUGGCUUUGGAGGCCAACAAGGAGAUCAUCGUACCCAUUCCCAGGUUGAGAUCCGGUUUAUUUCUGCACAUCACACCGGUCGCUGGCGCAACGAAGGAACAAUUAAAGACUCUGGCCUCGAUGCGUGGCCUAGAACAAGCUGGUAAACCAUUCGGACUCGACUCGCAUAUCAAGAUAGAUCUCGUGGUGCUGGGAUCGGUAUGCGUCAGUCGGGAUGGAUACCGGCUCGGCAAAGGGGAGGGUUUCGCGGACCUCGAGUUCGCGAUGAUGAUGAGAAUGGGCACGAUAACGGAAGACACGGUCGUUAUCACGACGGUGCACGAUUGCCAGAUCGUGGACCACCUGCCGGCGGAAUUGUUCAAAGAGUACGACGUGCCGGUGGAUAUAAUCGUCACGCCGACGCAAACGAUAUUUGUGAAGCCGCGACUGAGGAAACCGUCCGGCAUUCUGUGGCACAUGCUCAGUGAACGAAGACUCAAAACCAUGCAGGUAUUACAGCAGCUCAAAGAGAUGGAUGAGAAAGAUGGCAAGACCGUUGCUCUGAAGGAGGUCGACUCCGACGUGGAGACCCGUCCGUACAUUAAAAAUCGCGUCAAGUACGCGAAGAACAAAAAGCGUUCCAACCCGAAGAGGGACAUGACGGAGGAUUCCGUCAUGGAUGGUACCAAGGAUAAAACGGACAAGCGCUUCUCGCGCAGGCGAACGUACAAGAAGACGAAAGUUGAGGAGAAGAAUAAUUCUUCCAACGCUGAAAUACAAACGAAAAUGGAGAAUAACGGCAAGAGCGCGUCCCGGCGCCGUAAGAAUCUUCGUGCCAGGACGAAAGCGCACAUCGACUUCUCGUUGAAGCUCUCCAACAUCUCGUCCGGCGUGAGGGUUCGCGAUCUCAAGAACGCGCUGCUGGAGCGCGGCGUCAAGCCGAGCGAGAUAACUUGGCAGGGCUACCGCGGCAUCUGUUACCUUCACUUCAGCAAACUCCGGGGCGAGACCGCCCUGCCGGAUCAACCGGUCCAGGUGGACUCGAUCGUGGCGAACCUGCAGCAGCUCCGUAUCGGCGAGCCCGCGAACGACGGCGAGGAGGACUUCAUACACGUCGAGCCCGCGAAACCGAUUUCCAGAAUCGAGGUGACCGACGUGACGACAGUUUAAGCGAGCAGCCAUGUCACGUGCUUGUGUGCGUUGCCUCUUGGACGUCCCUCCGGCGUUCCAAGGAUGAACAUGCUUCCGAAAAUGCUUUCCUCUUAUGUGAGUUCUCUUUGAUGAUGCGUACCGUGAAGCGCGUUUUUCGCAUCAGUUACAGAUUCUUUGAUGAAUUUUUGGGAACUCUGGAAAUUGCGAUUAAUUUUUAUACUAAUUCAAGUCCGAUACUGAUUUUUGUAUUAAUCAAAGUUCUAUUGUUAGUUUAAGGGUAUUUAAUACGUGAUAACGCCAUAACACUGCACAUUUAUUUGCACUUUCGCACAAGCGAAGUCGAACUCUCGCUGAAGAACCGUAACGAAAAAGGAACUAUUGCAAGUUUCCGAGUAUAAUCUGCAAUGUUUUUUACUGAUACUCAGACUAGUUUGAACGGUUUCAACAUAUGCAUGAUUUACGUUAAAUAUACUAUUUUUUUUCUUUUUAGUUAUUUUAUAUAUUGUUGUUACUUCGCUUAAAUCUGUCUUAACGGAGUUGUACUUGUGCACAUCAGCUUGAGGUAACGCGCCGAUAACGGCGAUACGAAUUCGGUUCAGAGAGACCGAGAUGUGAUAUUUGUCUGGUGCGAAUAUUAAUAGUUACGAUUAACACAGACGUACCGAAAUAUAUAUAUAUUAUAUAUUUUUGGCUAAUAAUUUUAUUUAUAGUACUUCCGCAUUAACCGUCAUGCUCGUACGUCACAUGCGAGAAGCUAUUGAGAGUAACUUUCCAACAAAUUCGUCGUAACACGCAUAAUGAUCUGUGAUCAAAAGGUGCUUAGGAGUAAGAUAGCGGUUCCAUGGAAAAUCGUAGCGGGCGCAAGAGAUCCGAAAAAUCAAGGAAUAGGAAGAUUCUAUCAAAAGAUCGCUAAACGACAUUUGUGCUGCUGGGAAAAAGGACAUUUGUUUAGAUUCUUUUUCAACUUUUCUAGUCUUUCCCAUUGUAUUAAAGCAUCGUGAAAAUCCAUGGAAUCAUGGCCUGUAAAGAGUUAUUACGUACACAGUGACUGCUACUGCAUUUCUUCAUGGAACAGCGAAGGGCGUAAUCAUUCUGGAUUAGUUUUUUCCGUUCUCCACAUAGAAGACACGAAUCGAGAUAAAAUCCAUGUGAGUAGAGUGCAUAUCUGCGAUAUAACAUUUGAAUGACAAAUAUCUAACAUUAUAGACUGACGACAAUAGCUUAAGUGUUAUAUUAUAUAUUAUAAUACAAAAAGAAGAGUCGACCAGCGAGACCAGGAGGGGAUGAAUUACUGAUGGUUUUUCUUCGUGUAGAACGGGUGGAAGAAUACUCUAUUUUUCUGUACGCGUAUAUAUAUCCUCGUGAGAAAAGAGAUAAAUACAGAUAAUAUAUUUUCGUGGUUCCAGCAGCUUUACAUUUAUAGGCGUGUCCGCGGAUCUUCCAUGCGUCGUCAUAUGCGACGUUGCGGGGAAGCGAUCGCUUGCGCGUCAGCAGGAAAAAAGUAAAACGGCAAUACUUUGUGAUAUUAACAAAUAUGAUUUGUUGUUACGAUUAGCGACGAUAGCGUUAGAACUAAUAAUGAUGAUUAUUUUUAUGAAGACGCGCAAUAGAGAGUUAUCAUAAUUACACUUAUAUACAUUAUAAUAUUAUACAUACGCGCUAUAUAUGUACAAAUCUUGCAUAUAUAAAGGAAAACAUUCUUUUUACUAAGGC